AGGUUCAAUCAUUUCUCGAAAUUCACAGAAUGCCCGCAUUCAUUAGAUUCUUAUCUUGAGGGCAAUAAAAUGCAUCGUUUCAAGGCACGCGAUAAGCUUGCUCGACUCAGUGCACGCUAUAUAAGAGUCCCAGUGACUGAUGCUAUUCCUCUGCAGUGCAACGUAGGCUUGUGUUGAAAGGUGCUGAGGUUGUUUGUUCAUUGCCUGGCUAAGAGGUGUGUGAUGCCAGCUGUCUGUGACGCGUUCGCAUAGAUGACCAGCCUGCUUUUGUUUCUUCGUUUUAAAAGGAACUUUAAUGACCGAUUUACGAGCGUCUCUACAGCGUGAUAUUGCUUGAUCAUUGUGCCGGCUUCCUCUGGCAAACGCGCGGAACCAAAUCCCCAUUUGGACUGCCAAACUCAACAACCUCGGAGCACCGCGAGAUUGCGGCGCGAUUGAUCGAAUUCUGGGACUUGAUUGAUUAUAUGAAGCUUUUAAUGCUCAUCUACAUGAACUAAUUACAGAAACCACGCGAAUGCGAUGGAUCAAAAUCUAUCUACGAAAAUAUAUCUACAAACUCCUCGAAGUCGGCCCAGCCUAGCGGUUGAGUAAAUUUUGUCUCUCCAUUGAACAAAAUGGAUCAAAUUAAACUAUUUACAUGUAAUCCGUAAAUUUAAUCUGCCACAAUCCAAAAAUGCAGCGAAUAAGCAACUAUUCAAUGUCCGAGGCAUAUACUGUAUACGCUGGACCCAACUACAGCCUUGACAGCUACGAAAGCUUGAACAGUACAUUCUUGAACAGUGCAAUAACAGCUCUGAAUGCUGCGAUAGAGAACAGUACAUGCGGAGCACAAAGCUCUGGAUACAAUUUAUCAUUCAUGAAUUACACGAAUCCGACUCCCAAGGACUUCUUACCCCUAAAACUUACACUCACCAGCAUCAUAUUCAGCACCGCUACCAUCGGCAACAGCCUGGUCAUAUUUUUGAUAUGGCUAAACCCAAGCUUUCAUUCGGCCAUAAACUGUUAUUUGCUGAAUCUGGCUGUGGCUGACCUGCUUAUCACCUUCACGUGCAUAUGGACACACACGAUUGUGGACGUAAAAGAAUCUUAUCCUUUUGGACGCUGGGUCUGUGAAUCGGCAUCAGUAAUCCAAGCGACGUGUGUACUGGGCUCCGUGCUGACGAUGGCGGUAGUGUCUCUGGAGCGCGUACACGCCGUGCUGCUGCCUCUGCGUGCCCGACGCGUACCCCGCCAGCAUCUCCUGACAGUGAUGUGCUUGUGGCUCAUCGCUGCCGCGGGAGCAUCGCCUUUCUUUGCUCUCAAGACUUACCAGGAAGACUUGUUUGCGAACUACGUCGACCACCAGUGCCGAUAUACCCAACCUCCCGGGGUCGUUAUCAACAACACCUGCGUACGGCCUCGUCACAACUUCGUCCAUUACUACCACAUUACAUUCUCGACGCUGCUCUUCUUCUUGCCGGUGACGGUGAUGACUCUCGGCUACUCCCGCAUCGUCGCCAAGCUUUGGAGCAUCAGAGUCGUCGGCGAGCAGUCGGCCUGCUCCAACAGGGCUCAGAACUCCGCUCGCAAAAAAGUGGUGGCUUUAUCAUGCACUUUAUUGUUGGUCUUCACCCUGUGCUGGGGACCUUUGCAAGUCCUUGUAAUUUUCUCCCUCAUGAACGACAUGAACGAAGAAGCUAACGCCGAACUUCAAUUCUGGUUGACGUUUCUUGGCUACAGUAACUCUGCUCUUAAUCCUAUCAUCUACGUUUGGUUCAGCAGCAGCUUCAGGCACGAGCUGCUCUCUAUGAUAAGAAAAGGCUUCAGACAAAGAAGCUGGGGCAGUUACGCCUCCAGCUCGCUGACACAAGCUACCCGCACAUCGUCGGGUGCCAGCAGCAACAGUGCACCGCGGCCGCGCGUGGCAGCCAAACCGUCCCGCGAGGAUCCACUACAACUGAAGCCUGUGCCUGCAGCCGAGUGGUCCAGGAACAGCUGGAGGGACAAGAAUAUCCUAAGCGGACGCAACUCAGUCCCAACAGCAAAUGGUUUAAACAACCCUGAGCUCUGCAUCAUUGCCGUUCAUAUGCUCGCUGAGAAAACAUCCUCGUCUCCUACCAGUGUUGUGUAGAGAGUAGCAGGCGCAUGAACAUGGAGUGAUGUGAAGACAAAGCACUUCAAGACAAGAGAAAUGAGCGAUUUCACUUUUCUCUUUCGAUUGUUGCUAUCUUACUCCGUUCUUUGUCUGGGAAUUCGAUGUUAAGGUGAUCGAUAUAGCUAAUAGGAAUAGUAAAUAUCAUAACAACAAUGUUCAAUAAAUGUAUUGCAUAAAACUCAACAAAAUAUGGAGAAUUUAAGUAAAGUCUUGUUUUUACAUUCACUUUUAAACUGUAAACAAUAAUCCUUCUCAAUUGCAACUCAUCUUGCUCUACUGUGUGAGUGAUACGCAAUUAAUGACGGUAUGUGUCGCUUGAUCGAAAAUUUUUUCAUGUUUUAAUUCAUCCGCUCUAUGUAUGAGCAAUUUUUUAUUAUUUCAAGAUUGAGCAUUAACUCAAAUAACUUGGCUUCUACAUUUUAUUUGAGUACAAAGAAACGUUGAGUGUAAAACAAGAGGUACACAGUUUUCACAUCGUGUUCAAAAUCUGUAUGUUUGAGAGUGUUCCAAGAACUGCCCAUUGAUGACAUUUUUCAUAGAAUGACGCAAAUGACUUUUCAUUCUAAAAGUUUACAGAACAUGAUUGAACACCAUACCUUUGCCGCGGAAUGCGAAAUGAAAUAGGAUGUUGCAUCAACCAAUUCCUUAAUUAAAAAACAAAGAAUUAUUUUUUUAUAAA